CAAGGGUGAGCCAUUUAAUGGCAUUUAGCUUUGUCAGAUUCCAAAUUUGCCCCCCUUGUGGAGUCUUUCUGAAAACAAAAUGAAGUGCAAAGUCUGCAGUGGCAGCAUUGUUGCCUGAGAACAGCAAUAUUCCAUUUGAAACUUGUGCUCUGUGGAGCCUGCAAAAUUGGAAAUUACUUAGACCAGUGACUACUUUAUUUCAGUUAUAUGUGGAAGUGGUUAAUGGUUUCUUACGCAGAAAACACUUUCAUGAUUUCUACUCCAGUCUGUUAAGGCUCAGAGCAGGCACUAUGGGUGUGUUUGCUUUUACUUUUAAAGAAAGGCUGGCAAAGAUGUGGCGCCUUGUUUGGGUAGAAGGACACCAUGGAAAAGGAAAGAAUUUAAGGAAUGAAGAAAACUUUGGGAGAUAGCAGAGUAUCUGAGUUUGGUGCAGACUGUGGUAUUUUUUGUAUUUGUUUAAAUCAAAAUAUAAUUUACUCAGUGGGAGCCUCUUGCUUUGAUGAACAGGAUAUUUACUCUAAAAAACAUUGAAGAUCUUCACCCUCCUUUAACUUGAUUUCUUUUGAGAGUUUUUUCCAAAAUAGAACUGUAAUGAAUUGGUAAUAAUUUUUCUUCUCUGAAGUAUGUUGCGAAAAUCAUAUGUUACCCUUGGACUGUUCCAGGCUGUAAGUGAAGAAAAGAAUUUCACUGUGGAGUGAGGGAAUACUUCCAGGAGGUUGGAUGAUUUCUGGAUUUCUUUUGAGAUGGUUUUCGCAUUUUAACUUUGACUUUCCUUUUGGAAGCAACCAAGAUAGUUUCAUGAGCAGUAUUGGAGGGAGUUCAAAUAGCUGUGAGCAGAAACCACUCCCAGUUCUUACUGUUGUUUUCAUUAGCUGAGGAGGAGCCACAGCUACCUACUAAACAUUUCAAGUAUUACCAAUUAAAGCAGGGAGGGUUUUAAAAUCUGCACCCUACUGCUUAAUAUUCUGUAGUAUGUGUUGAAAUGGAAAGCUCGUGUAUUUUACUUUGGACUUUAAUGACUCUUUUGGGCCAUAUCUGAUUAAAUAAAGUUACACCCUUUCUUCUCAGUGUUCACCCACCUGUUCUUGCUGAAUGCUGGUUGUUAAAAGCAUUAAGUAGUGAAGAAAGCGCAAAGCUCAGUACGCCAUGGAGCCUCUAGGUGCAGGUGUCGAAAUCAGCUGGAGGGUUUGUGGUUUGUGUUGCUGUGGCACUGGGGGUGGCAGUGUCUGGUGAGGCACAGGCCACGUGGUCUCCUUCUUCUGCCUGAUACCCAGAAAUGUUUUGUGCUAACCAAGUACACUUCCUACCAAGACAUAUUCUGCAAAUAGGCCCACAAAGAACAGAAGAUUUGGCUGCAGUCCCACCCACAGCACUUGGCACGGUAACAGUGAACAAGAUAUAAAAAUGCCCCGCUUCUGCAUUCAGUGGGGCAGGAGAAUGUGAGCGAAAUUGCAGGGACAGAUAGACAGGUUUGUCCUCCUUGCCCCCCUCAGUAGGGACACUGUUUGGUAAGCCUUGUGUCCUCAGCUGUGCUGAGUGCUGACCUGAGGUAUUAAACUUGUGAUUGCAAUGGCCCUUUUAGUGCUGGAUGUAGCUCCUUUGCAGUUAAUGCACUCUCACCCUCAGUCCAGAGAAACGUGGUAUGUUGCAUUCAAUAAAUCAUGCUGUUCCAGAAUCUGACUGGUUCUUCUAAAUGCAGCCAGACCUACAGUUCAUAGACUGUUUGUGUAUCUGGAGUUGGACCUGUAGUUACAUGGGGCCUACCUGAGUGUGGGCAGUGAGUUCUCACCUUCUUCUGCUUCUUGGAGAUAUGUGGGCUUAUGAAGCAUGUUUUGUACACACACUUAUCUAAAGGUCUGCUCCAGAUGCAGAUGAAGUCAGUAAGAUGUCUUGAUGCCUUUUCUGAGACUUGAGUAGUACUUGGCAUAAGUGGUGAAAUGGAGCUUUUCUUGCCUUGGCUGUUGUGUUGGGGUGUGAUGUAACGGCACAGUGAGGUAGGGUGGGUGUAGCUGUGCCCUGGGGUUCCAUGGAGGGAUCUGCUGCUCCCUGUGUGGAGAGCAGGGGUGGGCUCUCCCUGCUGUGUUACAGCUGCUCUCGCACACACAGGUACAGCUGCAGGGCAGGCAGCCCCCCCUGAGCCUGCCUCUCAGUAAGAGCACUUAGUUACAACAUCAUCACCAGUCCUGGAGCUCUCAUCUUGGGGGAUUGUCUUACAUUUGGCCAUGAAUCUGGGACUGUAAGGGAGUAAAUCUGUUCCUCUAAGUCAGCUGAUGCUCAUAAUUGGCAGUGGGACUUCAGUUAUUAUCACAUACCUUCAAGAAGUAAUUAAGAGAAAUCAAUAAUUAAAAUAAUUCUAAUCAAUAGAGCAACUGGACUGAUGCAUUUGGUUAAAAAUCAGAAUUUCAGUUUAAUUGGAAAACACAUGCUUUAAUUAUAACUAGAGCUAAAAACAUUGUCGUUUCAUGCCAGGGUUUGAGAGAAUUCAGAUUUUUCCCCCCAACACUGUCACUUGAUAGAUGCUUAUUUUAAAUUAAAUUAUAUUAAUGGUUUAUUAUGUUACAUUUCUGUGGAUUAACACCUGUGCAGUCUGAUUGGCCCAGGAAAAACCCAGUUAGGUUAUAGUAAGUAUUGAACAAGAUGUGUGCGGAAAAUCAGGAUUCAAGUUAACAGUCAGAAUUAUCUGUUUCUGUAAUUUACAUGAGGAAUAGCAAUUGUCUGCUUUUCUCUGACGUUGGACUCAUGGUAAACAUUAGAUAUUAAGUCAUCAUAACUCAGCAAAAAGCUAAGUCUCUGACAGGAACUGAUGCUCAGAGAUGUUUAUAUCCAGUAUAUUGUAUGGCUGAGCUUCUGUUUUCUGUAGAGUAACAAGGCAAACCUACCAUGGGGAUAGAAAAAUCAGUAAAAUUGUCUGUGUGUUGGAGUAUCUUGGGUUUUCAUCUCCCACUGCAUUCUUGACAUUGGGGCAUUAUUUUGUUAUCUGAAUAUGCAUUCUGGAACAUGAUUUUGGACAUUCAAACCUAAAUGAAAGUAGUUACAGUAGACAAUGUCCACAGACCUUCAGGGAGAAGUCCCAGUAAAUAAAAUGAAUCAUACCGUGAGCAUGGGUGAAGAGAAAUUAAGAAUUUGUUUUUGUCACUCUUCAUUUGCAGAGGAAAAGUUCCUAGGUUUUAAGUGUCUGUGUUUCAUCUGCCACUAUAAGGACAUGGUGAUAGCUGGAAGAGCAUCUCCUCACUCUACCCCUACCUCCGACCUGCAGAAAGAGGUUUUGCUUGCCAGUGAGAAAGCUAAAAUGGAACAUGCAUAGCUGCAGAAAAAGCUAACCUGGUUUUGGCAUAAUGAGCUCAAACUUGAUUAAAAUUCUUUUAUUAAAUCACAGCAGAGUAAGUAGCCACAGAGUAAUGACUGGAAUGUGUCCUCUAUCUGGAAGGACUCUGCCGAGCACGUAGCACAGCUCAGCAUAUGAACUGAUUCAUUUGUAUUACUGCAGUCAGGCUGAAAUUCACACUGAUGCGUGGUUCAUGUCAUACUCCUGGAGUUCUGUGCACACUUUUUAUUUUUAAAUUAAGUAAUCUGGCUUUUAUAAUAGAAUUUUGAUUUUUCAAAUGUACCUUUUAAAUGGUACAUUUUUCUAGUAAAAUGUACCACUUGAUGCCCUGAUAAAAAGAUGGUUUUGCCAGAACUGCCAGACACCUACUUUUUAUCAACCACUCUCAGAGAAUAUUGCAACAACAAUAACAGGAAUAACAAUACAGGUACUGGCUUGCAGGUCUAAAAACUGUAAUCUGCAUUACUGCUAUACAGCUUCUCUUCUCCCCCUCCCUCACUUUUCCUCUUUUUAAAAGAGCAGUGCUGUGGUGUAGUUUUUCAUCCACCUUCAAAUGUGGACAUGUCAAACCUCUAGCAACAUGGUGAAAACACCUCCCGAUUCUGUUGCCUUUCUCUUUUCUAAUAUUCCUUCUACCUAUUCCUUUAAAUUACUUUGUUUUCCCUGCAGAUUGCUGGUUGGAGCUCCUCGGGAAAAGGCCUUUCCAGCCCAACAAGCCAACAGAACAGGAGGGCUGUACAGCUGUGACAUUGCAUCUCCAAAUACAAAUUGCCUGCGUGUCAAAUUUGAUGAGGAGACUGACCCAAGGACGGAGAGUAAAGAAGACCAAUGGAUGGGUGUAACUGUCCAGAGUCAGGGGCCAGGAGGAAAUGUGGUGACGUGCGCACAUCGCUAUGAGAAAAGGCAGUAUGUAAACACAGUGCAGGAAACCCGGGAUAUCAUUGGAAGGUGCUAUGUGCUCAGCCAGGACCUCACUAUUAAGGAUGAUAUGGAUAAUGGAGUGUGGAGUUUUUGUGAUGGUCGUUUAAGAGGCCAUGAGAAGUUUGGUUCCUGUCAGCAAGGUGUUGCUGCUACUUUUACUAGAGACUAUCAUUAUAUUGUGUUUGGUGCCCCAGGCACUUACAACUGGAAAGGGGUGGUUCGUGCAGAGCAAAAGAAUCAGACAUUUUAUGAUCUGGGUAUCUUUGAUGAUGGGCCUUACGAAGUUGGUGAUGAGAGCCGCCAGGAUAAGAAUCUAGUUCCUGUUCCAGCUAACAGUUACUUAGGUUUCUCUUUGGACUCUGGUAAAGGAAUUGUCUCCCAAGAUGAGAUGACUUUUGUGUCUGGUGCCCCAAGAGCGAACCACAGCGGAGCAGUAGUUUUACUAAAGAAGGAAAAAAAUCAGAGAGCACUUUCCCUGGAGCACAUGUUUGAAGGAGAAGGGCUGGCCUCCUCUUUUGGCUACGAUGUUGCUGUUGUGGACCUCAACAGUGAUGGCUGGCAGGACAUCGUUGUUGGGGCCCCGCAGUACUUUGACAGAAGCGGGGACAUCGGGGGUGCCGUGUACAUCUACAUGAACCGCCAGGGCAACUGGGCAGGGGUGAAGCCUCUGCGCUUAAAUGGAACCACUGACUCCAUGUUUGGACUUGCAGUAGAAAAUGUUGGGGACAUUAAUCAGGACGGAUACCCAGAUAUUGCAGUAGGGGCUCCGUACGAUGGUUUUGGCAAAGUAUACAUUUAUCAUGGAUCCAAGAAUGGAAUAAAUACGAAACCAGCACAGAUUCUUGAUGGUGAAAAAACAAACACCAAUUUCUUUGGUUACUCUAUUGCUGGAAAUAUGGACCUGGAUAAAAAUUCCUACCCUGAUGUUGCUGUUGGUUCCCUGUCAGAUUCUGUAAAUGUGUACAGAUCUCGGCCUGUGAUAAGCAUUAGAAGAAACAUUACAGUACAGCCUGAUAGAAUUGAUCUAAAGAAAAAGAACCCUGAGGACCAUGGUGAAAUCAGGAUGGAUGUGAAAGCAUGUUUUCAAUAUACUGCAAACCCUAGAGAUUUAAAUCCAAGAAUAAAGAUCAAUUACACGUUUGAAGUGGAAAAUGAGAGGCGGCAGCUGGGCCUGCCCUCCAGGGUGCGCUUCAGUGACCACUCCUCUGAUCAGUUCACUGCAAGUACAACCCUCAGGGGACAGAACUCAUGGGAGUGUGUCACUGCAAAGCUUAUACUGCAGGAAAAGAUUAAAGAUAAGCUACGUCCCAUUCCAAUAUCAGUCAACGUUAAAAUUGCUGGCCUGGAGUCACCAUCCAAGAGAAGAGAGAGUGCACUUCCAGAUCUUAUACCAAUUCUAAAUUCAAAUGAAUCUGAAACAGAGACCACAAAAGUGGAGUUCUUAAAAGAAGGAUGUGGAGAAGACAAUGAAUGUCACAGCAACCUGAAGCUUCAGUACCGGUUUUGUACGAGAGAGGGAAAUGAAGACAGGUUUACUUAUUUACCACUUGAAAACGGCAUGCCAGUGCUUGUUCUGAAAGACCAGAAAGAUAUUGCCCUGGAAAUAACUGUGACAAACAAUCCAUCUGAUGUAAAAAAUCCACAAAAAGAUGGUGAAGAUGCAUAUGAAGCUAAACUAAUUGCAAAUUUUCCAGACAGUCUGACAUACUCUGCAUUCAGAGAGAUGAGGAGUUAUCCUGAAAAACAGCUGACAUGUGGUGCUAACCAAAAUGGCUCUCAAGCAGAGUGUGAACUUGGAAAUCCUUUCAAAAGAAAUUCUAAUGUAACCUUUUAUCUGAUCUUAAGUACCACUAAGGUUAAUGUUGAUACAACAGACCUAGACAUUAACCUGAAGCUGGAAACAACAAGCACUCAAGCUAAUUUGACUCCAAUUACAGCCAGUGCUAAAGUGGUUCUUGAAUUGCUUUUAUCAGUCACUGGAGUUGCUAAGCCUUCUCAGGUAUAUUUUGGAGGUAACAUCAUUGGUGAGAGUGCAGUGAAAUCUGAAGAUGAUAUUGGAAACCUCAUAGAGUAUGAAUUCAGAGUAACUAACUUGGGCAGACCACUGAAAACAUUUGGCACUGCUUCCCUGGACAUUCAGUGGCCAAAAGAAAUUAGUAAUGGCAAAUGGCUGCUUUAUUUGAUGAAAAUCGACUCCAAAGGCUUGGAAAAAGUCUCCUGUCAACCCGAGGGUGAAAUCAACAGUUUGCGUGUUGCGGAAUCCCAUAACUCAAGAAGAAAGCGUGAAGUUGCAGAGAAGCAGAUUACAGAUGGCCAGGCAUUCUCCUUAUUCUCAGAAAGAAAAUACAAGACCUUGAGCUGCAAUAUGAAUGCACGCUGUGUGGAUAUAAAGUGUCCCCUGAAGGGGUUUGACAGCAAGGCAUCUAUUGUGCUGCGUUCCAGGCUGUGGAACAGCACCUUCCUGGAGGAAUACUCAAAAAUGAAUUACCUUGACAUUGUGGUUAGGGCUUCUAUCAGUGUUCCUGCUGCAGCUAAGAAUGUUAAACUCACAAAUGAAGUUGCUCAGGUGCGUGUUACUGUAUUUCCUGCAAAACCAGUAACCCUUUAUACAGGGGUUCCAUGGUGGAUCAUUGCAGUGGCUAUCCUUGCUGGAAUACUCAUGCUUGCACUCUUGGUAUUCUUACUAUGGAAGUGUGGUUUCUUCAAGAGAAAUAAGAAAGAUCAUUACGAUGCCACAUAUCACAAGGCUGAGAUCCAUGCUCAGCCAUCUGAUAAAGAGAGACUUACUUCUGAUGCAUAGUACUGAUCUACUUCUGUAAUUGUGCGGGUUCUUCCGGCGCUCCAGGUACGAAGACAGUGUCCCCCGCUACCACGCUGUAAGAAUUCGGAAGGAGGAGCGACAGAUCAAAGACGGGAAAAGCCAAGACCUUGAGACAAAACAGUGGUUGACCAAAUGGAACGAAAAUGAAAGUUAUUCUUAGGCAAAAAUGUUGUUUAUCCACAAAGUUCAGAUAGAGGUUAAGGUUUUCAUUCAUGGAAUACUGAUGGAGUUAGACCUGUGAACACUAUAUACAUUCACCAUUUGAUUGUAGAUAUUACUACUUAUAUUGAAGCUUUUAUUUGCACAGUUAAAAUGGCUUCAACAGACUUCAUUUGCCUUAUUUAAUUUCCACGCUGCCUCUUCAUCCCCCUUAAAUCUAACCCACACUUCAGAUAAUAUUAUGCUGAUGUGGGGGUCUUUUCUGCAAAAUGAGCAAAACCACUACAGCAGAUGUGAUCCUCCUGUGAUCCUGACUUUCUUCCUAGUUAUUUAAGGCAUGAAUGAUUAAGGUCAAGAUGAGUUCUCCAUUGUUCCCUCAAUGCACAGUGCUUUAUAAACACACAGUGGCCUUAUCACACUUUGUUCAAGUAUAACUGAAGGCCUGCAAGUCUGCUUUAGUCAUAACCCUUGCCUGCUGCAGUAGUUAGGGCUUAACAAAAAGCAUCAUCUUAAAUUACACGUGCAAUGGGUCAUGUUGCUCGAUUUUGGGCUUUUUAUUUUUUAAGAUCAGAUUGUGUGAUUCUUGUUCACAACAAUACACACAGGUUUUGUUUUAAGAGAGGCUUGAAUAUUAAAUGUACUUUCUGUAUAUAUAUAUUUUAGUCAUUUUUGUAUUUAUUUUUAUUAUAAAUCAUUGUCUUUGACUAACUGGUAGGCUGAAGACUACUGAAUUUUGAAAACCAUUGUUCUGGUUUUUAUGUUUCUGUGCUUGAACUUCAGAUUAUGAGACCUGAGGCUUUCACCGCAUUUUAAUAAAUCACUGAAGGUGCCAAUGCUUUCUAAAAUGUAAAUAUUUAUGCAAAUGAUGUGUAUGGGUGCUUUCUUUUCCUGAUGCUUGUAACAUCAGGUCCUGUAACAUGAUUUGUAUACUACUGUGGACUGUUUAACAGUUUGGACACCAAAGUGAAGUAAUGUUUUAGAUACCAUUUUAUCCUCACUGCAAGAAAGUGAAAAGUCCUUUGGAAACCUCUUUCCAGCUUCACAAGGACUUCCUGGUCGGCAGAAAGCCUUGACUACUGCAGCUGUUGUAGAGCACUUGGAGGCUGGAGAUGCCUUACCUUAACUGUCAGGAUCUGAGCUGAUCCACGUUGAGACUACUGAAUCAUCUUGAAUACCUGAAUGUUGAUAAAAGUAGAACCAUGUUAUUAGUAAUUGGUUAUUGUAACAUAACUGAGAAAUGAUUUAGAGAGUUUACUUUUUUACCCAUAUUCUAAAGCUUUGGUACUAUUUAGGAACAAAGAUUUAGUUCACAGUUGUGUAUUCCAUGUGGAACAAAAUUCUGCUCAAAAAGUAUGCAUGUUAAUUGCUUGUACUAUGAACUAUGCAAAAACCUCUUGGUACUUUUUCUCCUCAUAGGGUAAAAACCUGCUAGGAGGGCAGUUGUCAAAUGUCUUAUUUUUACUGCUAACUUUGAAUGUACCUUCUUGGAAGGUGUGGUCACCUAAAAAGUUACCUUUAGUGUUAACUAAGGUGAGUCUAUUAAACUAGAGAAUCUCAGUGUGUUAUGACCCUGACUUUAUAAACUCUUACAUAAUUAUGUAUUAAUAUCUUUAGAUAAUAAUACAUAAUUAAUUAUGUAUUAAUAUCUUUUAGAAUCUUAGCUUAUUUGCUUAAAGGCUCAGCAGCAUCAGAAGCCAGGCUAAUGAGGGGCUAAGAAGCUUGAGAAAUACCCCUGAGUAUAAAAUCAGAUUGUGGCCCUCAUCUAAGAACAUGAAUGUCUUAGCAGCGUUAAAGUUCUUGAAAAAAUAAGUCACAUCACUGGUAUAUUUUUAUCUCAAACUUUGUUAUACCAGCUAAGAAUGCUACAUCAUUCCAUGAUUAGAAAUUACCUGUGGAUAUUUGUAUAGAAGUGUGAAAUAAAUUUUUUUAAAUUAAA